CAAUUUAGGAUUAAGUUUAGAUCUAGACGAUGAUGCGUCACAUACAAAUUUCUAUGAUAUCGGUGAUAUAGAUAUCGAAGCAGAUGAAGACUUCUUGUUCAAUUUUUUAACAACAGAUAUACAACCUAUGUCAUCACCGUCACUAUCACCUUCUACAUUAUCAUCCAUAUCUGCACACAAAUCGUUACCAACAUUAGUUUCUCAUUAUCAUCUAGAAGAAAAUGAAAAAAAAAGAAUUAUGCCUACGACAUUUAGUAAUUUGAAUGCCAAAAACGAUAUUUGCAUACAGUUUGAAUAUGAGUUCAAGAACGAACAGCUCGGGCCACCAGUCAUGGUGGUAACAACUGCUCCGACUUUUGCACACUCUGUAUGUGAUAGCAAUCAAACGAAGUUUAACACAAUUAAUGGGUUUUUUGUUGAUGCAGCGGCACCUGCAGUUGCAAAUUCUUCCGUCAGUGCGUCUACUGUUCCCAACCAAUAUGUCACUAACGAAAGUUACAGCAAAAUAAGUAAUGAGGCAGAUGAACACGACCUUUCAUUAUGUAUACGUCCCGAAGCCUUGCACAAAAAACUGAAAGCAGAUACAACAACUCAAACAACAGUUAAUUUCGAGAGCUCGGAUGAAUCGCUGGCACGAUACAAAUGCAAUUAUGAGAAUUGCAACCGAAGCUAUAGUACCAUUGGGAAUCUUCGUACACAUUUGAAAACGCACAAGGGUGAAUAUCACUUUAAAUGUACCGAAGAAGGUUGCGGAAAAGCGUUUCUAACGUCAUACAGUCUCAAAAUCCACAUAAGAGUACAUACCAAAGUUAAACCUUAUGAAUGUGAUGUUGGCGGUUGUGAAAAGGCAUUUAAUACACGCUACAGGUUGCAUGCCCACUUACGGCUACAUAACGGAGAAACUUUUAAUUGUGAACAAUGUCAUAAAGGCUUUACAACUCUAAGUGAUUUAAAGAAACACAUGCGUACUCAUACUCAAUUUCGUCCUUAUAAGUGCCAGGAAAAUGCUUGCGGUAAAUCUUUUACCGCUUCGCAUCAUCUAAAGACUCACAUUCGUACACAUACUGGAGAACGACCUUAUCCGUGUGAAGAAAACAACUGUGGCAAACAAUUUAGCACUUCACAUAGUCUUAAAUCACAUAAAAAAACACACCAAAGACAAAUUCAAAACAAAAACACCAAAGAACGUAAAUACAAACCAAAGAAAUUUAUACAUCAGGCUAACAAAAAAGGUUUUCAAACUACAAUAACUAAUGAGGCUCUCAAAACUGAGAGCGACAGUAGUGGAUUCAUAGAAGAACAAACUGAUGAAUUCGUAAACGUUGAAAGUAUUCAAAACAAAAUUUGUCAGUUCAAAACUGCAGAUUAUAUAAAAUCUGAAACUGUGGACUUUUCAAAUAAUGGAUAUUACACAUUGCAACUUCCAGAAGUGCCAAAUAAUGAAUAUAGCCAAAUAUCUCCUAAACUGGAGAUAUUACCUUUGCCUGAACGAUCACAAGCGUUACAAUUAGCUUAUGCGGCUGAAGAAGAAAUACCAACACCUUGGGUAGAUACAGCAGUGCUUGUUCCGAAACCAAUUAUGCCAGUUGCACGUAUUGAGUCUGCAUGCGUUGCAUUACCUACAGAAAUGCCAAGCUACGUCGAUCUACAACAAAACUAUGUAAGUGCCAUCCCAGAGAUUUCAGUAAUAGGUGAAACUAAUAUUGCUACAGUAAAUCCAUUCAAUACAAAUUUACCCAUAUCGUCUGAUCCAUGUGAUUACUUGGCGUAUUUAAAUGAUGACCCCAAUUGUGAAAACAGACAAAAUGCAUUGGAGUUGCCUGCAACAGUUAUGGAGAUAGAUGCUGAUAUGAAAUACAACUCAAAUAUUGUCACCAAUAUUUCAAAGUCCAAUGAUUACAAUAUGGAACCAACACAAUCUGAUGAAUCAAUCCCUAUACAAGAAAAUAUUGAAGAUUUACUAAAGGAUGUUGACUAUAAUAGCGAAACAGAUGAAAUGGAAACGGAAUCGCUACUAAACGACAUUUUAAUGACCAUUGACAAUAACACGAGCUUAUUGCAAGAAACGCUGCAUCAAGCUAAGCAAGUUCCUGCUGAUGCAUCGGGUUUGGUUGAGGUCGAUUUGCGUAACAAUAAGCCAACACUUAAACAAAUAACUGCAGAUGCGGGCAUUUGCAGCUGUACCAAUUGUAAAUGCGACCAAACGAAAUACUGUCAAGGUGGUUGUUCAAACGACAAACCUUGUCACAACAAACAAUCCCAAGAUCAAAAAAGAAAUUGUACUGCCCAAAUAAAAUCAAAUGGAUCGAAUUGUUGUAAUAAGACAAAAAUUAAAGAAAAGCGCGUCAGCAAACGAGAAGCCGAAAUGAAUCAAAACGUUGAAGACGUCGCUGUUUUACUACAAAAUUUGGCUUCCAUGAGUAGUAACAGUGGUGGCUGUUGUGGUAGCAGUCGCUCUACUGCCACUGAAAAUUCAGCGCAGCCAGUAGAUAAUUCUUCAAGCUGUUGUUCCAAUAAUAAUAAACAAAAUGAAAGUAUUAAUGGGUGUUGCAGCACGAAAAUAACCAAACCGGAGAUCAAAAUAUCAACACCGCCUGCAACAAAACAACAAACUAAAAGUACAGGUUGUACUUGUAAAAGUCCUGCUGAAGGAGUGGCCAAUGGCUGUUGCGUUGUUAUUUGUAUCAAAACUCUGCAAGCUCUAAGGAAAGUACUUACUCGCAAAAACUUGAAUUUGAUGUUAUGCCCACAAAACCAACAAAAUUAAUUAAUGCCAGAGUAUUAUACGAUUCAUAUAGUUUUAAAAGGAUUGAUUGCACAGUAUCAAAAAGGAGUUAUAGUAUUAAAAUCUUGCAAUUUGACUUCAAUUCAGAAAACUUAUUUUUUAUUUUAAAACUAAAUAUAUAAACUACUGCUUUAUCUAAUAAAACAUUAGUUAAAUUUCAUAUUGUAUACAAUAUGUACAAUUAAAUAAAAUAAUUGCUCUCAAUUAUAAAUAUACCUACAGCGCUAACUGGGAGAGUUAUUAUCAUCCAUAUUGGUUCCUCUUUUUGCUCUAUCACGCUGUAAUAUCUAUGUUUAAAUAUUUUUAAUUUUUAAUAAAUAUAUUUUAAAUCUAACAUGAUUUAAACAUAUACCUUAACAAAUUGAGAAAAAUAAAAGAGAACUUUAUAUAUAUUUGAAUAUUAA